UAACGCCAUUUUCACGCAGCGCGCAGUCAGUCAGUCAGUCAGUCAGUCGGCGAACUGUCAUCUCCUCGGCGGUGGUGUGAUCCCCCCGGUGAAGUGAAGUGGAGUGAAGCCACCAAGAGCCGGGGUUCGUCUGACACGGAGCACGUCGCCGCUGCCACGAUGGAGCCUCGGGGGGACGAGCUGCUGCCGCCGCCGCCUCCGCCGCCGCGCGGCUCCGACGACUGAAGCGAGCGUUUGACAGAUAGACGCUGUUAGCUAUGUAGCUAGCUGCUCAUCACCAGUCGGCAAAACAUAACCUCCCGGAGACAAGAGUGUUUCAUAACUCUUAUAUAAAUAUAUUAAUAUUUAUCAUCAAGCUGAUUAAAGGAACAGCACCCCACCCCCCUCCCGCCAUCUGAGGAUUAAAAAGGCGUGAUUUACACGGGAAAGCAGCGUCACAGUCCGGGCUACUUUGGCAACGGAUGUCCUAAGAGAACGGAUGCGUGAGGACAUGUCCACCAUGGUGUGCGUGAAGGAGGAGGAGGACCCCGGGGAGAAGCUGUCCCAGGACGAGAUCAUCUCCCGGACCAAGCAGGUGAUCCAGGGGCUGGACGCCCUGAAGCAGGAGCACCACUCCAUCCUGGAGGGCCUGCUGGGCACGCUGCGCUGCCUGAAGCAGGACGAGGAGGGCGUGCUGGUGGAGGAGAAGUCGCACAUGAUCCGCAAGUCGCUGGAGAUGCUGGAGCUCGGGCUGAGCGAGGCGCAGGUGAUGAUGGCGCUGUCGAGCCACCUGAGCUCGGUGGAGUCGGAGAAGCAGAAGCUGCGGGCGCAGGUGCGCCGGCUCUGCCAGGAGAACCAGUGGCUGCGGGACGAGCUGGCCGGCACGCAGCAGAAGCUGCAGAAGAGCGAGCAGAGCGUGGCCCAGCUGGAGGAGGAGAAGAAGCACCUGGAGUUCAUGAACCAGCUGAAGAAAUACGACGAGGACCUCUCGCCCACCGAGGAGAAGGACUCGGACUCCAGCAAAGAGACUCUGGAUGAUCUCUUCCCCGACGACCACGACGACCAAGCCCCAGGCAUGCAGCCGGCCCACGGCAGCGCCGCGGCGGCGGCCGCCCAGCAGGGGGGCUACGAGAUCCCGGCCCGCCUGAGGACCCUCCACAACCUGGUGAUCCAGUACGCCUCCCAGGGCCGGUACGAGGUGGCCGUGCCGCUCUGCAAACAGGCCCUGGAGGACCUGGAGAAGACCUCUGGACACGACCACCCCGACGUGGCCACCAUGCUCAACAUCCUCGCCCUCGUUUACAGGGAUCAGAACAAAUACAAGGAGGCGGCGAACCUGCUGAACGACGCUCUGGCCAUCAGGGAGAAGACUCUGGGCCGAGACCAUCCGGCUGUCGCCGCCACCCUCAACAACUUGGCCGUCCUGUACGGGAAGAGAGGGAAGUACAAGGAGGCGGAGCCGCUGUGCAAGAGAGCACUGGAGAUCAGAGAAAAGGUGCUGGGGAAGGACCACCCGGACGUGGCCAAGCAGCUGAACAACCUGGCCCUGCUGUGCCAGAACCAGGGCAAGUACGACGAGGUGGAGUACUACUACAUGAGGGCGCUGGACAUCUACCAGACCAAACUGGGCCCCGACGACCCCAACGUGGCCAAGACCAAGAACAACCUGGCGUCCUGUUACCUGAAGCAGGGCAAGUUCAAGCAGGCUGAGACUCUUUAUAAAGAAAUCCUCACCCGCGCUCACGAGAGGGAGUUCGGCUCCGUUGACGAUGAGAACAAACCGAUCUGGAUGCACGCUGAGGAGCGAGAGGAACAAAGCAAGGGGAAGCAGAAGGACGGUUCACCGUUUGGAGAAUACGGAGGCUGGUACAAGGCCUGUAAGGUCGACAGCCCCACGGUGACGACCACCCUGAAAAACCUGGGCGCCCUCUACAGGCGACAGGGCAAGUUCGAGGCGGCGGAGACUCUGGAGGAAGCCGCCAUGCGUUCCAGAAAGCAGGGUCUGGACACUGUGCACAAGCAGCGCGUGGCCGAGGUCCUGAGCGAGCCGGAGGCCCGCGAGAAGCAGCGGAGCCGCGAGAGCUUGACCUCGGACACGGUGAAGUACGAGAGCGGGCCGGACGGUGGCGAGGAAGUGAGUAUGAGCGUGGAGUGGAACGGGGCAUAACUCCAGAUGCCUUGUAAUGGUUCUUUAAAAAACAACAGCUUGUCUUCUGCAUGACGGACGCCUCCUCUUCUCCUCGCCGCCUCAACCCCUUCAGCUUCUGCAGUUUUGUCUUCAGCUCUGACUUCCUUCUCUCUUUUCUCCUCCACCACCUCCUCUGGGCUCUGGUGGGAUUUGUGUCGCUCUCUGAAAUGUCUGAGAGCGGAUGUGGAGGGAAAUUUAAAAUCCAAACUGUUGCUUCCCGGGCGGGAGACGACCCCGGUUGGUGUUUCUUCGCCAUGGCAACAUCUCUCCCCUUGUCAUCUCUCUGCUUCUCUACUUCCUGUCACUCCCCCGUGUCUCUAACCUGCUUUUCAUUUUGGCUGAAGACUCAAAUUUAAACAUAUAAAUGUUGUUGUUUUUUCAGUUAAGAAACACUUGAAAAGGAAAAAUUUAAAGAAAUCAAGUCUAUUGUCAAGUCAAGUUUAUUGUAGAGCUGAAAUUGUUAUUCGACUAAUUCACUACGCCGUCAACAGGGAAUUGAUCGCCAACUGUUUUGAUAAUUGACAAAUCUUACAGGAUGGUUAAAUCAUGGAUUAAGAUAAAGUUCAAAUUAUCACAACAAUGGGGCCCAUACAACGUGUACAAUCAUCAUAAUGUCUGUCAGUGAUUAUGAAAUACAUUUACAGACCAGACUCAACGAUCAACAUGUGAAUAAGAUCAAUCAUAUUUUAUAAGAUUAGGUCAGACUUGAUCAGUUUGGAUGAAACAACAACGAAAAAAAUAACAAUCAGGGGAAAAAUAAAGAAAGAAAAUAAAUAUAAACCUGUCAAAAUACGUUAUGAACAGUUCAUAAGGUUAAUAAGUCACAAAUAUGACUAAAGAGUCGUCGUGUUCACAUGUCGUCCCUCGUUAAGAUGAAGAAUGGAAUAACGGAUGAAAAAAAGUUCAUGGAAAGUAUAUUCAAACUCACAAAACUUUUAUCAAAGCUGCAGUGUGAGAUAUUUGGCGGCAUCCGGUGGUGAAGUUACAAACCGCAACCGUUUUCCUCCGACCCCUCGGCUCUUCGGCUCUCGGAUCAUCGACGCAGAUCAGUUCAACAUAAACGUGUUAAGAAAAAAAAAAAUCAUUAGUGGUGACUCGCGACGUCACAGUGACUCAAACACGCUGUAAAUAAUAACUCGUCUGCAUGAUUGAAGCACCUUCAAGUUAAAACCUUAAAAAUAAUAAAAAAAGAAUCUGUGACAGGAUGGAGGAUGUUUGUGGAGGGUGAAGAAGGCGUCAUCAUGCUCCUGUACUGUAUCUCUCUGUAUAUAGAUGUAAUGCGAAAACUUGGCAAGUGGGAAACGUCUCCUCCUCUUUGUUCACCUCUUUGCUUCUCUGCUACUAAUCCAACCUGCGUGUCCCGUCCCCGUCUGUGCAUCUCACACUUUGUCUUUCUUAACUUCUAAUAAAACCUUAAACUCUUUGCUCAACUGAA